CAGGAUUUAAAGAGACGUAUUAAUCCCUUAGAGCUCUUUCUGUUCUAGUCUGGUGCUCUCUCCCUUUACCUGCCACUCUCUCCACCAAUUUAAAGAAGAGAAAACUGACGUUUUGAAAGGAGAAAAGCAGUUAUGUUAUCUCUGGAUCAGUUAAUUAUGGAUUCUGCAAUCUACUGCAAGGAUGUAGACAUCAAUGAGGUAUGGGCCCCUGGUGUAGCUCCUGAUGGCCCUCCAUGGGGAAAAGGUUCUUCCACUGGUUUUCCAGAAGGGAAGAAAAAUGUAGAGAAUGUUUUAUACAACAAUCCAGUGACUAAUGACAGCUAUGAAGAUUUACAAAAGAUUCUUACAAAUGCUGGGCUUCCAAAGACUGAGGACAGAACAAACCAGCCCCGUACAGGUUACACUGAUGAUACCAUCACUAUUUGUGUUGCUGGGUCUCCCAGCUUCUCCAUAUCCGUUCUUUUGGAGGGCGCUAGACAGUGUCCAGGGAAUUUGUUACUCUGCCUCUCAACAUCAUGGUUCUGUCCACGGCCUCCAGCUAUAAAAAUGUCACCUCCUCUUUAUGUAAGACAGGCAGUGACUUUUGAUCGUGGUGGACGCACUUUCUUGGAUACCUUUUCCCCUCCACGAAGGGUGACAUACCUCUCUUGGCUUGGAGGAGAUCAUCAUUUUCUUAGAGAGGAGUGGGACUGUCCUAUGGGAGGCUCUCCCAAGCUUUCAUGCCUCCUAUCUGAUACACUUUUUGUGAGACUACUGCUGGAUCAAAAUGAGCUUCCUCUUCCCACUGGUCUUCUAUUUACUCCUCCUUCUCAUAUAUAUCCCUCAGGGGAACUGAAUGGAGAUGGAAAAGCCACAAGAGUGGUAUUGCUAGAUGGAAAACAGGGCUGGGAAGACAUAGUGAAAAAUGAGAUCUUUACUUUCUUGGCAUUAUUGAAAAAGAAGGAGCAUCGGCAGGUUGUGGUAAAGUCAUGUGGCUCCCAAUUGGCAGGGACACUUGCUACAACUUUCUACUCUUGCUUUGAUCCAGUCCAUGUUUCUAAUAAUGUGCUUAAGCUUUUGAGAAAGCUUCAAAAUAGACAGGCUAUUUUGUUGGAAGGCUUUAUAACCACAUUCCCUCCAAGAAGAAUCUGUUCUCCAAAGCCUCCCCCCAUCAUAUCACGCUGCUCCGUGCGCCCCCCAGAGCUGACGAUUCGUCUCUGUGCCGUUGUCUGCCGAUCUCGCGGAGACCAACCAAUGCUAAGCAAGGUGGUAUGUGCUGUUGGUCGGGCCGAAAAACCACUUUGCCAUCGUUCUGCUUUGCCCCAGUCUCUAGACACCAUUUUGGAGAUGUGGGGAGUGACUGAUAAAGGUCAUAAAGAGAAUGUCUGGGCUCAGCUCAAAGAGACUGCAGAAAGAACCAUGAGAGUAGUGAUGGAGCAGGAGAAGAAAUUGACACCUGAGGAACGAGGGGGACACAAGGCACAAACAGACAUACUUGGAAUUGAUUUUCUGCUGACUCUUGUGGAUUGCAUGGUGACUCCAGUAAUUCUUGGUUUGAACUCUGGCAUUUGCCUUGAGAGCUGUGGGAUCCAAGAAUGCAUGAUGGGAAGCCUGGCAGCGGGGAUCGCUGUUUCAAUAAAUUCUGCAUCAAGACCCUUGGUGGAGACAAUGCUCAGGCGUUCCUUGAACUAUGUAAUGGAAGGAAAGGAAAUACUAGUUAUUGGAGCUGGAGGAAUUAGCAAGAAAUUCAUUUGGGAGGCAGCUCGGGAGUAUGGGAUAAAGAUCCAUCUGGUGGAGUCAGAUCCUGGUCACUUUGCCUCAUCCCUUGUAGCCUCUUUCAUCCAUUAUGACUUUGAAGAUCAUUCGUAUGAUGAUGAGGAGCAUGCAAAAAAUCUAUUACAUAUAGUAAAAGAGAAGGGCUUGGUUGUCUCGGGUUGCAUGGCAUUCUGGGAUGAGUGUACCAUUCUGGCAGCUCAUCUGAGUCAUCUGCUACAGCUCCAUGGUCCACCCCCAAGUGCUGUGCGACUUGCUAAACGAAAGACUCAAACACAGCUCUGUCUGCUCUCCCUGACAUCCCCAAUACCACCCUUCCCAUAUGCAGGGGCUUUUGCAGUACCAUGUUGUUCUUUAGAUCCUGAAACAGGAGGACUUGAAAGAGCGGAGUCAAUUCUUUCCUAUCCCCUUGUCUUGAAGCCAGAGUCAGGAGCUGGAGCAGUUGGUGUGCGACUAGUGCAAGAUAAGGAGGAAUGUAGAAAGGUGAUUGGUAUAAGUGGGACAGAUGCAGAGAAUGGAGAAUGUAAGAUGGUAGAAGAUGGAUAUUGUAAAUCAGGAAUGUCUGGCAGUGUAGGGCAGGAAGAGGUAUGUAAAUUCGGUAUAGAUGUGACAUGUGGGUCAGAAGUAAAUGGAAACUGGAGUAUAGAAAUGAGUACUUCUGAAACAUUAGAUAAGGAUUUAAGCAUUGGUACCAGUCCUGACAAAGCAAUAGGGGUCUCCCAGCAAUCUUACCCUCUGUUUCUUUCAGAGUAUAUCACAGGCUCUGAGCAUGAUGUAGAUUUGGUCCUAGGUCCCAAUGGCCGCCUCCUUGCUGCCUAUGUAUCAGAUAAUGGGCCCACAAUCCUUCCAGGAUUUACUGAAACUGCAGCUGCGCUUCCUUCUCGAUUGGGUGCAGAGAGACGCUGUCAGCUUGUUACAGCUGCAGCUCGAAGCUGCCAGGCACUAGGAUUGUUCCCAGGAGUGUUUAAUGUGGAGCUGAAGCUGACAGAAUGUGGUCCACGGCUACUGGAAAUUAACCCACGAAUGGGAGGCUUCUACCUUCGUGACUGGAUACGUCGCGUGUAUGGCACUGAUUUGGUGAUGGUGGCACUAGCUUUGUUUUGUGGGAUUGACCCAGCACUACCUGAAGAAGGCACACAGGCAAAUACAGUUCUUGUGGGUGUGAUGUGUACAGGGGAACGCCAUGAGGAGGCUUUAAGCAGCACAGCAAACCCACAGAGGCUGCUUGAACUGAACCAUGCUGGAUACAUUAGAUUCAAUCGAUUGGAGGGAACACAAAAGCGUCUUCCUGAUCAGGAACCAUAUGGAAAUGUUGCCUGUGAAGGUGUGGCUCAUGGAGAGGCCAGAAGAAAGCUUUUGGGCCUGUGUGAAGCACUUGGUCUAGACUCUGAGGAGUAUCCAGUAGAUUAUCUGACAAGAGAAUUCCAAUAAUGGGGAGGGGAAGAGAACAGAUGAGAAAUGUGGGGAACAGUGGGUAAUGGGGAGAAAAAGAGACAGUUAUAUGGCAAAAAUACAAAGUAGAGUAUUAGGAAGAGCAAAAAUCAGUGAGAAUUUAAAUAAGGACCAUAGAAGAUUUAGAGAUAGAAAGGGUUAAAAUGUAAUUAAUGAAACAGAGAACUAAAAAGCUUUUUAACAAAUGAUAAAAUUUAAGUUUCAAAUCAUACUGCUGCCAGCAUUGGCCACUACCUACUACAGAAUAUAAAAUGAACAUAUACUACUAUGACCUCUGAGCAGUGCAGUAUAUCUUAUGCCUAGUCUCAGGGAAUUAUGGACAUACUAAUAAGGAAUGAGUGUAUAUAUACAAUUAUUAACAGCAGACACAUAAUUUAUAGUGGUGACAUCCUGUAUGGUAUAGAUCACAUUAUAUUCAUUACAUACAAAUCUUCCUUUCAACCCCUUAGACUUUUAAUGAAAACUAAACACUAAACACAUUUCAUGCACCUGCCUCUAAGCAUGGGUGCAGCCAUUUUGGAACCUAGGUUACACUGAAGGAGAGUUACUGCACAUGUGCAAACAAGUCAGCACUGGAAUGUAGUGGAAGGUAGAUUUCAGCAUGGUAGCACCUAUGACUAGAGGAGUCGGGAGAUAAUCUCAAUACUAUGCUUAUAGAAUAGAAUGUAUUUAGGGCUAGAUUACAAAUGUAGUGCUAAAUUAUCCCAUGCCUGCGAACGGGCACAUUUGCCCAUUUGUGGGUGCGUAUAAUUAAUCAGCCAUUACAAGUGGCUGGUUAUUACUAUUGUGAGCUCUCAGUAGCAAUUAGCGCUUAAAAAUUAAUCAGAAAUCAGAUCUAUUGUAUUUUAUUAAAAAAAGAAAGAUAGCAGCAUCUUUAUUUUUUGAUAAAAUAACUGCACUAGGCAGUAUUUGGGGGUUGAAGUUGGUGGGAAUGGGGUGUUAAAAAAAAACCCAACAGCACUGAAAAGUAUCUUUAAAUUGGGGUCUAUGGGAACUGUGUGUUCCCAGUAAAUAUAUAUAUAUAUAUAUGUAUAUGCUGAUAAAUAUAUAUUUUUAUGUUUUAAUAUGUGUAUAUACACAUAUUAACACAUAAAUAUAUAUGUAUAUCAGCAAAUACAUACUGUAUAUAUUUACUAACUGCUGCCCAUCGAUGCGCUACUUUCUCCCUUCGCUUCGUAAGGUUCUGAUGCCGUCUCUGACUGCAUCAGAACACAGCUCCUAUAGGAGCCUAUGGAGGCGCGCUUGCUUCCCAGCAAUGCGAAGGCGACCUUGCGUUCGCAUUUCUGUUGACUUGUAAUACCAGCGCACAUUAGCAUGCGCUUGUAUUACACAGUGGAGCGCAAAUAUUGCUUUUUUGAAAGCGUUAUUUAGUGCUCCACUUGUAAUCUGGCCCUUAGUAUUUAUUGUCCCUUUAAGGUCACUAAGAUGUAAUAGAACCUCUGCCUGCUAUAGCACUUUUAAACAUAUAGGGGCAUUUUUAUAGGGGCAUAUUUAUCAAGCUCAUAUUUAUCAAGCGCAUAACAGAAGUUAUGAAGCAGCAGUCUAAAGACCGCUGCUACAUAACUUGUCGGCCUGCUCUGAGGCCGCAGACAGAAAUCAACCCGAUCAAAUCCGAUCUGGUUGAUUGACACCCCCUGCUAGCGGCCGAUUGGCCACAAAUCUGCAGGGGGCGACAUUGCACCAGAAGUUCUGGUGAACUGCUGGUGCAAUGAUAAAUGCCGACAGCGUAUGCUGUCAGCAUUUAUCGAUGAGCGGCGGACAUGAUACGCUACUUCGUAUCAUGUCCGCUCGCACAUUGAUAAAUAUGCCCCAUAGUGUUGGAGAGGGGACACUUCCUGCUUUCUAUCAAAUCUUAUUUGCAGUUUUUUAUUGUAUAUAACCACCAUAUUUUAUGUCACAUGCAUAACAGCUAAAAUAGACAUAAUAAAAUGUUUCUGGCUUAGUUUGUAAAAGUCAGGUCAGGUGUCAUGGAAGUCACAUUGUUUUAGUAGGAAGAUUUUGUGUAGAUAUAUUAGCUUUUGAUAAUGCUGACAAAUUUAGUCAUAAAAUUUUUUGGUUAAUAUUAUUGUUAUAUUCCGUUGAGCAUUUAACAAACAUUGAUUUGCAUUCAAUAUUGUGUUGUUUUUUCUAAUAAUCACUCUUCUUUUGCCAUUAGAAGAGAAAUAUGUAAAACAAAUUUAUGGGGGCUGAAUUAUCAAGCUCCAAAUGAUCAAGUUCGCUCGCUGGAAAAAGUAGUUAUGAAGCAGAGGUCUAAAGACCGCUGCUCCAUAACUGGUCUGCCUGCUCUGAGGCUGCGGACAUCAAUCCGCCCGAUCGUAUACAAUAGGGCUGAUUGACACCCCCUGAUUGGCCGCGAAUCUGCAGGGGGCGGCAUUACACAAGCAGUUCACAAGAACUGCUUGUGCAAUGAUAAAUGCUGACAGCAUAUGCUGUCAGCGUUUAUCGAUGUGCGGCAGACAUGAUACACUACAUCGUAUCAUGUCCGUCUGCACUGUAAUAUAUCGGCCCCAUGGUCUCCAGUGCCUCUACUGCAAGAAGAGCUACAGAUAAGAAAAUGCCACCAAACUGAUAAAAUUAAGAAAUAAUAAAGAAGAGGUAAUAAAAUAGGUGAUCACAGAGAUCUGAAAAUAAUAUUUCGCAAUUUUUAAACUGGUUGUUGAGGUUUAACAUAGUUGAUCUCUUUUCUACAUGAAGCCUAAUAUAAACAUGUUUGUGAGUCAGCCUAAAUGGCACUGACCAUUACAGAAAAUCUAGGAGUACCAUCAACUUUUUUAUUUAUAUCAUACAAGGACAUGUUUUGUUCUUGUUUCCAAAAAUGAAUUAUCAAUUGUCUACCACAUCCUCCACUUGAAUAAUGAAGUUAUUUAAUUUUUCUUGACCAAUAGCAGCCUGUACGGGAGACUUUGAGCACAGUUAUUAUAGCUCUGAAAGGGCCAAUAGAGUAAUUUUAAAGAAAAGGGUAAAAAAAAUGCUUAUAUCUCUAGAUAAACAGACAGGUAUUUCUGGUCUAUAGCUAACGUAGGUCACUUUAGUUUAUAGGUGAUAACCACAAUCACACAAACUUGUAUCUGGCCAUAAAUAAAGGUCUUAAUUGCA